UCUUUGAAUUAGUUGUAGUCAUAUAGGUAUUAUUGUGGUUUAACAAUAACAAAACGUCUCUUUACAUUAGGAUAUAAUCACAGAUAUUUGCUUUGUAAUAAACAGAAAUUUUACUGUACAAUGUCUUUACAAUUACCGGAGAAUGUGCGGCAGGAACUAAUUAAAUCGGUACCAUUGUCUACCAUCGAACUGAUAACAUGUUUCGUUUUUUAUGAUAACCACCCUCGUGAUGAAAAAUGUCUCGAUGUGAUUGUGUGUACUACCGGUGGCAAAAUCGUUGAAUAUUACAAACGCGAGGUUGUCUGUUCACUCAAGUUAAACACCACUACAACGGCUUCUGAAAUAAAAAUACUGAGGAAUGAUAAUUGUGAUCUCUUUUAUAUGGUAGUGGUAGGCGAUGAAAUUCUAAUAAUAUCCAGAAAACAAAACCUUGACGUACAUCGGCGAGUUUCUAAUGUGGACAAGUACUAUAUUGAAGAUCAAUCAUGCAGAGGUCAAGCGUGCCUCAAAGUAAUCUGUAAGGAUGAUGCAGUGCCAAUUGUUUUCGACGAAAACUUUGAUGAUUUAGGUAGGCGAGCGAUGCUUCUUAGUGGGCUAAAUGCUGAUGAUACUUUACCUAUUUUAACACAACUUAUGAGAAAAUUAACUGAAGCUAAGUUUAGUGUCAAGUGUAAUGAAAAAACUCUAAAUGAAUUAUUAAGUUUGCGUCAAAUGUCUGCUCUUUCAUCUUAUCAACAAGUAUAUCCAAAUAGCAGAGAAUCUAUAUUUCAGGGUAAUUCUAAAGAGGUGCCAACAGAUAAUACAUUGGAUAUAAAAACAAAGACACCCUGGGUGAAAUUAUGCAAUAAUAGAAUUGUAAUUAUGCUAACACUGUGCUAUACUUCAGAUGAACCUCUUGAAGAUAUUCAUAUUUUGUUGCAUGGUACUGACAAACCCUCAAUAACUUACACUACAAGACUAUUUGAAAAGAUUGAAACACCCCCAUUUUGGAGAGAAAAAAGGACAAGAGUUAUAAAAAACGAUCACGAAAUUGCUGUUACGGCAGUUGUUAACUUAGGAGAAAUAAAAAAUGUCACAACUAAAAUAAUAGAAUUCAACGGAGCUAUGUUUUAUAAGAAAAGUGGUAAAGAAUAUUUACUUCCCAUGGAACAUGUUUCAAUUUCUGGUGAUGAUAUUAUGGGGAAGGAAUAUGAUGCACUUAUGUGCAGUGAUCUAGAUGAAAUGACCUGUCUUGCUAUAGUAGCAUCAACAUCUAGUAUUCAAAUGGUAUUUAGGCAUAUACGAAAAAAUGAUGAUUUACCUAUAGUAAUGUCGGAAAUAUUUUGUACACAUCUCCAUAUGAACAUGUUACGGAAUACAAACAAUGUUAUUAUAUAUAGAAACUCUCCUUACCAUGCCCUGAAUGGCGUUAUGCUUGUAUUUGACAAAAAUAAUGAAAAUGGAGAUAUCUAUAAUGUAUCAGUUUACACCAGGUCACCAUCUCAAAUCCUCACACUAAUGUAUUAUGUCCAUACCACAAUACCAUACCAAAUAGUAAUCACUACUACAAGUCAAAGGAUUAUGGCAAGGAAAGAUGAAUUAGCAAGGUACAACGAAGCUCAGGUUUUGGAGCUGUCAAAUUUAAACUAUCAAGCUUAUGGAUCGUCUAUUGUAAAUCAAUGCAAUAUGUUACUGGAAUAUUUUGAUACUUGUAUGAUGAAAAUGGGUUCCAGUGGAGAUACAGAUGUGGCCGGUAAGAUUGGUACUGUGAUAGACAUGUUCGCGCCGGGUCUGACCGUUUAUAAUGAAUUUAGAGAAAAUAUACUUAAUGAAGCUUCCAAGGGAAUAAAAAGUUAUAUCGAUUCGGAGAAUGGAUCAGAGAGAAUGAUAAUAUGAAAUUUCAUCAAGUAAGUAUAAGUAUAUAUGUUGCAUUUUGAAAGCUGAAGAAUCUCAUAGCAAAUUAAUGCAAAUCAAUGAACAAUAUAAUUUCUAAGUUCAAAUUGUUUUAAAUCUAAAAAAAUUAUAAUAUGAUAGCAUUGUUAGAUCAAAGAAUAGUUUGUUUAUGUACCUAUUUAUUUAAAUUGCAUGAAGACUGAAUAAUAUAAACGAUUUUAUUGUGAUGGCAGCUAUUUUUUUACAAAAAUAAAAUAAAAAGCUAUAAUAUCCAAGUCUUUAUUUUAAAUAAAAAAAUGGUUUCCAUUAUUUUUAAAUUCGCAUAUAUUCUUUUUUUAUUUAAAUAAAAUAAUGUUAUAAUUAUGAGCAAAAAACUUAUUUUUAAAUAUAAAUUCCUUUUUUAAAUAAUAUAAAAUAAACACAGAACUAAAGGCCAUAUUCUAUGAAUACUGGCUGUAAAGAUAUACAUUACACAACCAUAAGUUAUUUCUUAAAAAAAUAUUUUAUUUUAUACUGAGCAAUCAUUAUUACCACCUAUUCUAAAUUAAUCUUUAACAUAUUACACAUAUGUCCUGUUUUACUACAGUAAAAACAUUUCAUUUUACAUUAUUAUGUAACUAACGACAAAUACCCGGUUUUCCAUCUUCGUGAUAUCUUAGCACCAUUAUUGUCAGCUAUUACCUAAAUUAAAUACAAACAAAUGUGUACCUAUUUAUAUAUUUACAAACACACUACUAUUAGCCCACACACCGAAAUCAUUGACUUUUGGCAACAAACAAUCUGCAAACAUGUUUCCGGUUAUCUUAAAAAAGCUUUAGCUUGAUAUGGCGUUGCAAUCAUCUCUUUUAUUUUACCCUAAAUAGUUUUCAGCGUGCCAAUAUCCGAGGCUUUUGAAGAGCAUUAUGAUACUUUCAUUGUAUCAUAAUUAUGCUUUGCCAUACCGCGCUAUUCAAGUUAGAUGAAAAAUGUUUAGAGUUAUAAAAGAUAUCUACACCACAAUUUUGACGGAGUGUUAGCUUGAUUGUUUGUUUUCAACCAAAUAGUAAGCCGUAACCGAAAUUCGCAGACGAGGAGAUUUUGAUUUUCCUUUUUUUUAACAAAGAUAUAUCUUACUGAUCCAUACACCCUGUCGCUGUAUUUUAAAGCUAUAGUUAGCUACACAGUUUGGUUUACUCUUACGGUAAUUAGACUGAGGGCUAGGGUGCACUAUAUUAGAAAAAAAUAUUAAUUUCUUCACUAACAGUAUCUGUUCUCUAUGAUACUUUUUUGGUGUACAUAUACUAUGUGUAUAAUAGAUACUCUAAUAUCGAUUAUAUAUAAAAAUAUAGACAAUGCAGUUUUAAGAUAUUCAGCGAGAUAUAUGUCGUGUUAACCUCCUGUCUGCGCUAUAUUGUCAGGUACUAGGAAGCCCAAAGCUGCCUGACUCUAUCAAUAUUUACAAUUAAAAUUGUUUAACUAAAAUUAUUAUAAAAUAUACUAUAAAUAGUAAAUAUUUCUACGAACGGCUGUAGACUAUUAAUUUAGUAAUGUUAGUAAUGCGGAACAACCCUUAGCGAGCUAAAUGUUUGUGAAAAAAGAGAUUACAAUAGAAAUGCUAUCUACCAAAGACAAUAUUAAUACAAUAUACUUGAUUUGAUUCACAGCUUCGAUAUUAUCUUUAACAUUAUUUAAAUAUAUAAUUGUUGCUAUAAACUAGUGCCUCUAAUAUGUAAUUAUCCGAACAUUGUGUUUCGACUUUCAAAUAUCAAAAUUAAGCCCUGGUUAAUCUCAACUAUGUACUUACAUUUUGCCAUUGUACUAUUCACCUGAAGUGCAAUAUUAUAUAUCUGACACUGUUGAUUUGCGAGGAAGACAUAGCAGUAAUAAAUGCAAGUAGUUGAGAUUAUAUUGAGAUCCUAUAAUUAAGGAAAAAAGAGCAGAAUUGCCCUACAGG